AAAAAAAAAAAAAAAAAAAAUUGCAUUUGCUAGGCAUCUUCCAACAAAUAUCCAACAGUUUCUUUCUUAAAUUUCUCUGUUCUCCUUAGCUAGCCCAGGUCUUGUGAUUAGAACGUAUCAUGGUUUCAAUCGAGUGGAUCUGCUCCUUGGCCUAAGUUGGUUAAUUAUCAGUGUCUACUUUCUUCAAUUUCUUGUGUUUUCUACAGAUUUAAGAUAAUGUCAAGUCAAGCAAUUUGACAAGUUGGAGUGCAUGCUCGAGUUGCUCUCAUUGUCCUCAGAUUGCAGUCCCUUUGAUAGGUUUUCAAUUCUAAGGCUUGUUAAAUUGCCUAACUUGCGUGAACUUGUGAAAGUGGAAGCUCAAGCAGCAUCGGCUCCCUCGGCAUCACGGGCAGCAACGCCACCUUCCAUAUUUUCCAACCUUAAAAUUUUUAAAAUAAGAAACUGUCCAAGAAUCAAGAAGCUGUUUCCAUUUGGGCUGCUGAAAUGUCUCCAAAACUUGGAGGAGAUUGGUGUUAGAUAUUGCCGAAGAGUGGAGGAAAUAAUAGAGGUGGAAGACAAGAAAGAAACUAUCACAACAGUGGGAAACAAUGAAACCAUCAGAUUAGGUCUUCCCAAAUUAAGAAAGUUGAGUUUGAGGGAAUUACCAAAAUUGAAGAGCAUCUGUACUACACAAGGAGUAAUGGUUUGUGAUUCUCUUCAAUGUAUUAAAAUAUAUGCCUGUCCUAUGCUAAAUAGGAUCCCUUUAUAUCUGCCCCUGCUUCCCAACGGUGAGCGCUCUCUGCCUUCUUCACUUCAAGAAAUCCGCAUAGAGUCUGAAGAAUGGUUGGAAUUGCUAUCAUGGGACAAUCCUUCUGCUAAGGAUAUCUACCUACCCUUCUUAAAGCCAUGCUAUGAUCAUUCACUUCACAAGGGAUUUGAUGACCUAAAAGACUUCAACAAUUUUGUCCAGUCUUUUCAAGGUCAAAAGCGUACUAGCCAUGAGCUUAGUGUAGAAGCAACUGAUGAUGAUGAUGAUGAUGAUUCUUCCGAUGCCGAGUCUGAUUCUGUUUCUGAUUUCGGUGAUGAUGAUUGCUCUAAAAUGUUAAAUUUAAGUGGAAUGGAAAUCAAUGAAGAUUAUCCCGUGUUGCUUCCAGAUGACCUUGAGCUUUUGUGGAUUACAAAGUGUUGUGGCUUGAAAAGCUUAAAUGAUGUUUUUGAAUUUAAGGCAUUAUCAGAUUUAAGAUCAUGUCAAAUCAAGCAAGUUGACGAGUUGGAGUGCAUGCUUGAGUUGUUCUCAUUGUCCUCAGAUUGCAGUCCCUUUGAUAGGUUUUCAAUUCUAAGGCUUGUUAAAUUGCCUAACUUGCAUGAACUUGUGAAAGUGAAAGGGCAAGCAGCAUCAGCUCCAUCUACAUCGUGUGCACCAACCUUGCCUUCCAUCUUUUCCAAUCUUAAGGUGUUGUUUAUAUAUAAAUGUCCAAGAAUCAAGAAGCUGUUUCCACCUGAGUUGUUGAAGGGUCUGCAGAACUUGGGGGAGAUUUAUGUUAUUGGCUGCACAAAAAUGGAGGAAAUAACAGAAGUGGAAGAAGAGAAAGAAACUCUCGUGACAGAUGGAGAAAAUGAAACAAUUACUUUCUUUCUUCCCAAAUUGAAAUAUUUGGAAUUGGUGGCCUUACCAAAAUUGAAGAGCAUAUGUGCUGCAAGAGGAGUAAUGGUGUCUGAUUCUUUAGAAAGAAUUGUAAUAGUUGAAUGUCCAAAGCUAAAUAGGAUCCCUUUAUAUCUUCCCCUGCUUCCUGAUGGAAAGCUCCGUCCUCCUCCUACACUGGAAGCAAUCCGCCCAAAUUCAAGAGAAUGGUGGGAAUCACUGGUGUGGGACGGUCCUUCCGCUAAGGAUAUCCUCCUCCCAUUCCUGGAUUUAGAAGAGGAUUUUACUUUCAUUUUAGAGAAAUUGACUGACGCUUCCGAAAUUGAAGAUGAAUAAUCUAUCCUUCACAAGAUUUCAUACAAUGUCGAAGCAAAUUUCUUGAGUUGAGCAGUGAGACAAAAUGAAAUGAGAUUUAUCUCAUCUGGCUUUAUUUGUGAUGAUAGAGUUACCUUUAUUUCAUCGGACAUUAGCCCUCCUAAACUUUGAUUAAUGCUUGUUUUCCUGUAUAGUCAGUUUUUUGUUUAUUUUGCACUUGAAAUGUCCUUCCAAACAAUUUCUAUUUUAUGUGACUCUUUGCUUGAUGAGGAACUCUGUUAUAGACAGUUCAAUUUCUUGUAUUGUAUUGUGUAAUAAACAAUGACACUGUUC